AUGAAUUUUUUGACACCGAACAUGACAAAUUAUAUAAGUUCGCGAACACGUUCGAAAAAAAAUUUUUGCUCUUGUUUAAAUGGGGGUACGUGCGAAAAAAAAAAUUGUAUUUGCCCCGAAGGUUACAGGGGUGAAUUUUGUGAAAUUUCAAUUGAUUGUUCGAUUGAUUGUUUAAAUGGCGGACGAUGUUUGAACAAUAACGUUUGCACUUGUCCAAAUGGAUUUCAGGGAGAUAAAUGCGAAAAUCCCAUUUGUGAUCCUCCCUGUAAAAAUGGGGGCACGUGUUUAAAACCGAAUAUAUGUCUUUGUCCGGCUCAUACAACUGGAUCAUAUUGUCAAAAAUACAAUUGCGAAUCUCCUUGUUUAAAUGGGGGUACGUGUGUUGGACCAAAUCAAUGCGAAUGUCCUCACAAUGCAACCGGAAUAAAUUGUGAAAUUCCGGUAUGUGAGCCUCCAUGUGAAAACGGUGCUACCUGUUCACCUGGAAAUUGGUGUCUUUGCAGUUCAAAUUCGUAUGGAAUACGAUGCGAAAGAAGAAAAUGCGAAUACGUUCCAGUUAAAGAACCAUUCACGAGAGGCUUUAAACGACUUAUAAAUAAUAAAAUAACAGAAAAAUGUGAUUCGUCAAAAACGUGUACGAAAACAGAUUCGGAAUAUCAAACAAUAUAUAAAACAUUUUAUAAAACCGUUUAUAAAUGUAAAGAACAAUUAACAAACGACAAAGGACGUUAA